AUGGCACUUGGACUUCUUAAAACCAAUGAUAAAACUGAAGAGCUAGAAGAUAUUGCUGAUCAAUAUAUGCAAGUUUUAUGGUCAAUGGGUUUCUUAGUGGACUUCUUGGAUCAUGGUUUUUAUUGGACAUUUAAGGUGCAUGAUCUUAUGCAUGAUCUUGCAAUAUCAAUGACAAAAGGUGAGUCCGCAUUCAUAAAUUUUGGAAGCCAAAAAGUUGAUAGGAAAUUGCGGCAUUUUUCACAUGGUGACACAGAGUUAUGUGGUGAAGAAUUUCUACAACUCAUUGUUGAUAACUCAAGGAGUGUUCGAAGCAUUGUCUUUCCAGCAGCAGAGAAAUACAGAGAUGCACCUGUUAUUGGAUCAUUUAUUAGUAAAGAUAUAUCCAAAUUCAAGUACCUUCGACUACUAGACUUGUGUGAUAUACAUGUUCAAGUGUUGUCGGAUUCUAUCAGUACAUUGAGACAUCUGAGAUACCUUGAUCUAGCUUGGAAUGAUGCAUUAAAGAAGAUCCUUGAAUCUAUUUGUGAGAUUCAAAAACUGCAAAUGUUAAGACUUCGGGGUUGUUCUGAGAUUAAGAAUUUGCCUAAUAACAUACGAAAGAUGAUCUGCCUUAGAUACUUGGAAAUAACCACACAAGAGGAGUUUCUUCCAGAAAAUGGAAUUGGAUGUCUGAGUUCCCUUCAACGUUUGCACGUAGUUGGCUGCAAAAGUCUACUAAGUUUGUGUGAAGGGAUGCAAGGUCUAAAAAGUCUUCGAAAAUUGUUUCUAACCCGCAAUCCUGUGAUCUCGUCGUUACCAGAUACUAUCAAAUACCUGAAAAAAUUAGAGACGUUAGCGAUUGGGAGUUGCCCCAAGAUUAAUUUGAAGAUGGAAUUACUAGAAGAAGAUCGUGAGCUGAGGUUGAGUCUUAAAAAAUUCAUAAUUGUUAAUUUAGAAUCAUUGGUGGAUAUGCCCCAACUUCUUCUUCAAGCAUCUACUGACACUCUGAAGUACAUGCAGAUUGAAGACUGUGAAAAGUUAGAAGCACUACCGGAGUCGUUGCAAAAUCUCACAUCACUUGAAAAACUUGAGAUUACAAGAUGUUACGAAUUAUCAUCUCUUCCAGAAGGGAUAGAACACCUUACUUCCCUGAAGGAAUUGAAGAUUACAGAGUGUCCUGCUCUAAUUGAAAGCUGCAGAAAUGAUGAGUUGAAGAUUGCUCAUGUUCCAGUGGUUCAUCUUAUUGAUCAUGAUACCAGCUUUUAUGGUUAA